AUGAUCGCUGAAGGCGUGAUGGAGGCCUUCAUGAACGGCAAAAGGAAGGCAUCGUCCCCGCAGCAAGCUUCGCGACAGAUCAGGUUCACAAUGCAGAUGCCUUCGACUCCUUCCUCGGAGUAUUCCUGCACUCCAGAAAAAAAGCAGAAGAAGUCUGAUGGUGUUGCAUUGCAAGAGGCCGGGAGCCACAUGGAGCUGGAUGCAGCAUCCCCUGGCAUGGCUGGAGACUCGAUGGGUGCGGAGAAUGGGCUUGGCCCUUUCUUGUCGGCCUCUGUGGCGCGGCCGCUUUUUCCGUCAUCGGCCUUUGGCACUGCUGGCUCUGUGAAGGUCUUUGCGACCAAGGACACGGCCGCUGAGAAGCCUCGCAAGUUGCCGCCAGCAGAUCCUCUGGAGCAACAGGCAGGAGAGUCUCAGCAGACUCAGCUUGAGGAGAAGCCUCGCAAGUUGCCGCCAGCAGAUCCUCUGGAGCAACAGGCAGGAGAGUCUCAGCAGACUCAGCUUGAUGAGGAGAAGCCUCGCAAGUUGCCGCCAGUGCUGUCAGUCCCGCUUGAGGGGCCAGAGCUGGAGGUAAAGAGCUUCGACAAUGCCAAGGUGAUGAUUGUCAAGAAGGACAAGUGCUACUAUCUGAAGGCGACCUUGGACGUGAACCUGCCUCGAGGCUUCCGCAUCGCUGGAGUGGGCGGCGGCCGCAUGAGCCAGCAGAAGGCCGAUCCUUGCAUUCAGCUGGAGAUGCCCCAGGGGGACAAGACAUGGGUGGAUGUGUCCCAUGGUGUGGAGGACGGCGAGGAGGGGGUCAAGCGAGGGACGGAGCACCGUUCCAGCCUCUACCAGGUGGUCAAAGAGCUGCACAAGAGUGGUGCCAGCAAGGAGUUGUCCUGCACGGGCUACAAGAUCGGGACCAAGGCGGCCGGAUCUGGUGGGACGCACGGAUUUGCACUUACCAAAUCCGAUGACUGGUACUACAUCCUUCGCGACAAGGACGAGAAGAAGCUCACUCCCGGGAACAUGGCCAGAGAGCUCGUCCUGAAGGGGUGCCGCCUGAGCUCCAAUGUUGUUUGGGCCUGGAAGUUCUCUUUUGAUCCGGUGCACACCAAGCUGACGGCAAAAAAGCCGAUGAUGAUUUUGGAUCAGUCGGUGCGCUUGCAGAAUGGCAAGUACAUCAAGCUUGCAGAAGAAAGCUCAUGA